AUGGUAAAGAAAGGUAAAAAAGACUGCCCGUCUCCAACAAAAGAGACCUUUGAUCCACUCGAAAUAGAAGGCAAAAAUCCAGCAACAGUCGUUCUUCUCUUGAGCUCCCCUGAAGAAGACGUCCUCAUAAAAUCUUGUGCAGCCAUUCACUCAUUUUCUGACAAAGGAGAUGAAAACAAAGUCUUACUCCUGAGACUUGGGGCCUUGGAGCCUUUGUGUCAGCUCAUCAAUCAUGGAAACAAGCUGGUCAAACGCAACGCUUUCAUGGCCCUGGGCGUCAUGUCCACAAAUGCGGAGGUAAAAAAUGUCCUCAAAAAACUGAACGUCAUUCCAUCUAUUAUUAACAAGCUGACCCCACAAGAGGAGACUGUUGUUCAUGAGUUUGGGACUCUGUGUUUGGCUUCACUGUCUGAGGACUUUUCCUGUAAAGCAGUGAUCUUUGACAACAAUGGUUUAUUGUCAGUGAUUCAGCUCCUUUCCAGUCCUGAUCCAGAUGUCGUAAAAAACUCACUAGAGAUAAUUUACAACCAAAUUCAUGAUUACCCAAGUCGUUUGGCUCUACAUGAACUUGGAGGAAUACCUCACUUUCUGACCCAACUCAAGUCAGAAUAUCCUGUAAUUCAACAACUGUCUGUGAAGAUACUACAGAAUAUUACAAUAGAUAAAGAUACUCGCAUUGCCUUCAGAGAAGAGCAAGGGUUUGAGAAGUUCAUAGAUAUUCUUAAAAAUAAGGACCUACAUGACCUUCAUGCUGGCUCCUUACAAGUGGUUGCAAACUGUUUAAAUGAUAGUGAGUGUUUCCAGCUUAUUCAUAAAGGAGGAGGCCUGGCUCAGCUGAUGGAGUUUAUGGUCAGUUCUACGAUGCCAGAAACUCAGGCCAAUGCAGUAAAGUGUAUAGCCAGAGUGGCUCAGAGCUCUGAAAAUCGUCGCAUGCUUCAUGAGCAAAAUUUGGAAAAGGUGUUAGUGGAGCUCCUCUCUGUGAAUGACGACAAUGUAAAAGCAGCAGCCAGCCAAGCAGUGUCUGUCAUGAGCAGCAACCUUUCCAGUAAAGAAAUCUUGAGGGAGCUUGGUGCCAUAUCUGCCUUGGUACAGUCACUGAGCUCGGAGACGAUGACUGUAAAAAGGGACGCAUCAACAGCCCUCUCUGAUCUUACCCACAACAACCUCCUUAAUAUGAGAGCUGUGUAUGAGGCUGGGGGCCAUGAGCUCCUUGUCCCGCUGCUCUCAGAAGAGUGCCCCAUGACAGUGGCCAGUUCUGCUGCGACUCUGAGCAAUAUGGCAGGACAGGAAGACAUCCGCUAUAGUGUUUUAUCCCAAAAUGUUUUGCCAUCUCUUGUGAAGGCUUUGAAGUCCAAAGAUUCUCACGUCCAAAUGAGCACAGCGCUCUGUGUUGCAGCACUGGUUUGUGAUACUGAUUCCCGAACAGAGUUUAAAAAUGCUGGCGGUCUUCAACAUCUGGUCCAUUUAUUGGAUUCUAAAAACAGAGAUGUUGUGGAGAUGGCUUGUAUGGCUGUGAAGGCCUGUGCCUGUGAUGAGCCAUGUGCAGUGGAGAUGUGUGUUUUGGGAACUCUGGAAAAGCUACAGAAGAUCAACCAAACUGAAAACCAAAAAAAUGUUUUCAGUGAAAUGGCAAUAACAAGCUUGUUGAGCUUCAACCUGCCAGUUAAAUACAGUUUGAUGGGCUUUCUGUCUCCCACUGACCAUGUCACAGAUGGGUUUUAUGAUGCUGGAAAGGCAGUGGCUGGUUGUAGAGUCCUAUCUCUCGAGGAGCACUACUGUCGCCCUGUCAAUCACCUCCGACCGGUUAUUGUAAUUAACACGGAAAAGCACGUAUCUGAGAAGAAAAUGGAUCCAGUCUCUCCGGUGCACACUGAGAAACAUUGUCGGAACACUGAUGCUGCGUUGAAGGCUUUGGUUAAGAAAGCCAAAAAAACUGUCCUGCUUCUGGAGGAUGACAGGAUGCAAUACUCCACUUUGGCCAAGAUGGUCAGCCAGGCCAUGGGCGGAGAGGUGGACAGGGAAAAGAUACACACGUUUGAAUGGAACCUCCACAUCAGCCAGCUCCAGCUACAACUUCAGUCCAAUGUCGUUCCCAUCGGAAUGAUCAAGCAAGGAACCUUCUACCACCGAGCGCUACUCUUCAAGUGCUUGGCCGACAGUAUUGGCCUGAGCUGUUCCCUGGUCAGAGGGGAGUACCACCGGGCCUGGAACGAGGUGCUGCUGAUGAAUGGACAAACACAGCGUUAUGUUGUGGACCUCAUGCACACCGUUUCCCAAGUUCCAGUUAGAAGAAUUCCAUUAGCCACAAGAAGCUCUGGAUUUGUGCGUCUAUUCAGCACAACUAAAGCUGCCUCCUCCCUCACCCGCUAUAAUGAGACCACGGACUGGCAAAAGAAGCUGAGCCCAGAGGAGUAUGUAGUGACCAGAGAGAAGGGCACUGAGGAGCCCUUCAGUGGCCUCUACCUCAACCAUUACGAAGUGGGAAUGUACCACUGUGUGUGCUGCGAGGCUCCACUCUUCAGCUCGGAGGCCAAGUACGAUUCCGGCACUGGCUGGCCCUCAUUCAAAGAGGCUCAUGGGACAUGGGAGGGGGACGAGGGCCUCACCUCUAUCAUCCGUCGCCCUGACAACAGUCUGGGCAGCGCCGGCACAGAAGUACUUUGUAAAAAUUGCGACGCUCACCUCGGACAUGUCUUUGAGGACGGACCUGAACCAACAGGGCACCGCUUCUGUAUCAACAGUGUGGCUUUAAAGUUUCAACCCAGAGACAACAAUAAACCUAAAGAAGACUGA